CUUUCUUUUUAAUAUCAUGAUGGAAGUUCCAACUCAAGUGGGUUCUCCUAUCCCAGCCCAUACACCUCAUGCUGUAUCAGUAACAUUGCCUACUUGGCAAGAUAAUGUCUUUUAUGAAGAAGCAAAUCCUAUUGUCACUUCAAAAAUGCAAUGUGGUUAUCCUCGAUUCUUUAUUCAUCCUUUAAUUCAAAAGCUAUGUGCUCGCUUAGUCUCGAAAUUUGGUAAAGAAAAUGAUGCAGGCAUGCUUUUCCCUUCGCAUAAAGUAGCAGAACAAUGCAGAUCGUUCAUGAAACGAUACUAUCAAAACCCCACUGGCACUGUUCGUAUUGCAGAAUUCGAUAUUGCAUCUCAUCAGAAACCAAGUGACCGUGUUCCUAUCCAUAUCAUACUGUUUCCUCAAGAGGCUUUUCCUAUUGCUAAACAGUUCUGGCAACAUGCUGGUGACAAUAUCACUUCUCGUAUGGCUGAAUAUUGUUUGCGUAUCUUGGAAGAAAAUGAUGCACAAGCCAACAAGAAAGAGUCGACAGACGAUGCAUUGUAUAGACCCAAAUUGACCAUGGGAAGUCGUAGCCGAAGUCAUUAUAGCAGUAACAAAUUAACGAAACCCACAGAAGAACAAAAGCCUAAAGAAGAAGGCGUGGAACAAGUGACUUACCUUGAAGAACGUUAUGGCCGAAAUUUACCUGUUGUGUUUGCCAAUAAUGCUAAAGUAGCUUUGAAGCGUAGAAUUGCAGGUGUUUUGAUGGGCCAUGUUGAUUUUGACCAUGAAAAUCAUACUUCUGUGCAUGAUUUAGAUGAACAACGUCAAUCCAAAGGUGAUCGUGGCAUUCAAGGUCUUUCAGAAGAAGAUGUAUAUUUAUACCCUUGUGGUAUGAGUUCUAUUUUCCAUGCACAUCAAAUUGCCAUGCUUGUGGGUGAUGCCUCUCUUAAGAGUGUUUGUUUUGGCUUUCCUUAUACGGAUACUUUAAAAAUUUUACAGAAAUGGGGAGCUGGUUGUCACUUUUAUGGUCUUGGUGAAAACGAAAGUAUUGAUGAACUGGAAGAACGUCUAAAAUCAGGCGAAAAGAUCUUGAGUUUAUUUUGUGAAUUUCCUUCCAAUCCUUUACUUAAAUCACCUGAUAUCAAGCGUCUUCGUCGUUUGGCUGAUGAAUAUAAAUUCAUUGUUGUCGUUGAUGAAACGAUUGGUAAUUUCUGUAAUGUGGCAGUUCUUGAAUGGGCCGAUAUUGUCGUGAGUAGUUUGACAAAGAUCUUUUCCGGCGCAUCCAAUGUCAUGGGUGGAAGUCUGGUUUUAAACCCUAACGGUGCUUACUAUAAUUCAUUGAAGGCUGCUCUGAAAGAAGACUACGAAGACAUUUUGUGGCCUGAAGAUGUUCUUUUCUUGGAACGCAACUCUCGAACAUUUAAGGAGCGAUCUCAUAUUAUCAAUCAAAAUACAGAAGCACUAUGUGACUUUUUGGCAAGCCAUCCUAAAGUCCAUAAAGUAUUUUAUCCCAAGUUUAUUUGUAGAGAAAACUAUGAUUCCAUUAAGCUCACUACCGAGACCUCAGGUUAUGGUGGCUUAUUUUCAAUCUUGCUUCAUGAUGAAAAGAGUGCAGCUAUCUUUUAUGACCACCUUCAAUGUGCCAAGGGACCAUCACUCGGCACAGACUUUACUCUCUGUAGUCCUUAUACAAUCCUUGCUCAUUAUACAGAAUUAGACUGGGCCGAAAAAUAUGGUGUAUGCCGCUUUUUGGUGCGUGUUAGUGUUGGUUUAGAAGAUAGAGAACAACUGUUGACCAUGUUCUCAGAUGCUUUAGACGCUAUUCAAUAAUAAAAAUCUGGUUUAAAUAGA